AUGACGUGGUGGAGGAGCUUGCCGUGGGCGCUUGCUUUCUGGCGGAGCUUCGUGCCCAUUUUUGACGCGGCGGCGGCCGAGGCGUCGGAGGUGGAGGCCUACGCGCGCGCGUGGGCGACGGGCGGCGACGGGGCGCGCGGCGGCGCCGGAGCCGAGGCCGAGUGGCUCCGGGGCUUCGGCCCCAUCGACGUCGGCUGCCGGAUAGAGAUCGACCGCGUCGGCCUCGACGGGUCGGGCGCGCCCCCGAGCGCGACCUGGGUCUUCGCGGACGGCGGCCGCCUCGCCGUCGACGCCGGCGCCGAGUCGGUCGCCGCCGCCGCGGCGCGCUUCGCCGCGCGGCCGGCGGUCUGCGAGUACCGUCCGGGCGGCGGCGGCGGCGGGCGCGACCUCCCCGACGUGGGCGUCGUCGCGCCCGAGGACCGGCGGCGCCGCCGCGACGGCGCGCGCGCGGCGGCGAACGACGACGCGGCCAGCCAGGCGUCGAGCCACGCGCCGACGGUGCAGAGCGCGGCGACGGGCGGCGAGGCCUCCGUGCCCAGCGUCGCCCUCCUCUCCUUCUCCACGGCCGACGACACGACCGUGUCCGCGCACACGAACGCGUUCAAGUCGUCCGGCGGCGCGACGAACCUCCAGCCCAAGAAGAAGCCCCCGCCCAAGAAGCAGGAGCGCUCCUCCGCCUGGCGCCCGGGCAGCCUGCGACGCAACUACUGA